AUGUCUUCUUCACAAAUCGAAUGGGAUUAUUCUCGUUGUGGAUCUACUCCAACUGAUCGUCGAAAAUAUUGUGCCAACUGUCAUUCGAUGUUAACUUGGACAUGUACUGGCUCAGGAAAAUCUGGUUUGUACGCGAAUUACUGUCGUCAUCGUGACAGCUGUGUUUAUUGUACACCAGAACUUGAAGAAGAAAAACAACAGAAAAUGAAGGAAAAGCAACAACAGUUUCAAGCUUUAGAUGAUAGACAACGUCCUUGGUCAGAAUGGAGACGCACUGAUACAUCUUGCAUACAACACACUGGGCAUGAUGUCGAACAAGUACAGGAAUUGUACUCGAUGUGUGAACAAACACUUAUAAAUUAUUGUUGGCAUAGAAACGAACAACUUACGAACAGUACCACCACAUCAUAUUUAUCUCCUAUGAAUCUACUUGUGGCUACAUUAAGGCACUUAAAAUACUACCAUUCUGAACGUUAUAUUGCUUCAGAAUUGAAUUUAAGUCAACCAGCAGUAAACUAUUUCUUAUCAGCAGUUGUGGAUAUUUUACACUCCUGUGUAUAUCCAGAAUUAAUUUCAUUACCUGUUGAUCUAGCAAGCAGAAGAAAAUCACAUGGACCUGAAUGA